AAACGCCUCUUUUAGUUUCGGAAUCCGGUGAAGAGCGACGUUUAUCUCCCGUUCAUACGCGAGCACCGUUCAAUUUCUCGUUUUUUAUUAUUCAUUUACUUAUUAUAGACGUAUAUAAGAAGUGAUAAAAUACUUUAUUUAGGGGCAGAUAAAUCGGAUUGCUUCGGUUGAGUAGACGAAGCGUCUUUGGGAAGGUAUCAGAAGGGUUAUUUCCAGCAUGGCGGAUGGAGAGGGGUUUGUGGUGCGAGUCAGAGGUUUGCCCUGGUCCUGCUCUGUUGAUGAAGUUCAGAGGUUUUUCUCAGAAUGCAAAAUUGCGAACAAUGGAACAAGCAUACACUUCACAUAUACACGGGAAGGACGACCAAGUGGAGAGGCAUUUGUCGAGUUUGAAUCGGAGGAAGGUCUUAAAAUCGCAGUGAAGAAAGAUCGUGAAACCAUGGGGCACCGUUACGUAGAAGUAUUCAAAUCCAAUAGUGUUGAGAUGGACUGGGUUCUGAAGCACACCGGACCGAACUGCCCAGACACAGGAGGAGACGGCCUGGUUAGGCUUCGCGGUCUGCCCUUCGGAUGCAGCAAGGAGGAAAUUGUCCAAUUUUUUGCAGGGUUGGAAAUCGUGCCAAAUGGGAUAACAUUGCCGGUGGACUUCCAGGGGAGGAGUACGGGGGAGGCCUUCGUGCAGUUUGCUUCACAGGAUAUAGCCGAAAAGGCUCUAAAGAAACACAAGGAAAGAAUAGGGCACAGGUAUAUAGAGAUCUUCAAGAGCAGCCGUGCGGAAGUGCGCACACAUUAUGAACCGCAGCGUAAGGUCAUGGGCAUCCAGAGACCGGGCCCCUACGACAGGCCGGGAGGAGGCCGCGGCUACAACAGCAUGGGAAGAGGAGUCUCCUUUGAGAGAAUGAGACGUGGAGGCUACGGUGGGGAUGGUCGCUAUGGAGAUGGCAACUCCUCGUUUCAGAGCACAACGGGGCACUGUGUGCACAUGAGAGGUCUUCCGUACAGGGCCACUGAGACAGACAUAUAUAAUUUCUUCUCCCCACUGAACCCGGUGCGUGUUCACCUGGAGAUCGGUCCUGAUGGCAGAGUGACGGGCGAGGCGGAUGUCGAGUUUGCCACGCAUGAGGACGCUGUGGCUGCCAUGUCGAAGGACAAAGCCAAUAUGCAGCACCGUUAUGUGGAGCUGUUCCUAAACUCAACGGCAGGGGGCGGAAGCGGAGGAUAUGGUGGUCAAAUGAUGAGCGGUAUGGGAAACCAGUCAUCAUACGGACACAGCAGCCAACAGAUGGGCUCUGGCUACAGCGGUGGUUAUGGUAACCAGAGUGGCAUGGGGGGCUACAGUGACUACAGUGAGUAAUCAGGGCGGAAUGGGCAGCAGUUACUACGGCGGAGGAAGCCGCGGAUCCAUGGGAAUGAACGGCCUCAGCAGCGGCAUGGGGGGAGGCUGGGGGAUGUAGCCACCGGGGGUUUCAUAGCUGGUUUAUUAUCUAUGACAAACCUUAAUUUGAACAGUGUCCUCUUUCGUUUGUUUGUUCUUUGUUCCUUGCUCCCUUCUAAGUUGUGUUUCUGAGCUUUACACAAGUAAAUUUCUUUUUCCCUGUUGACAUGGUUGAGGAAAAUCCUUUUACUAGAGUUAGUAAUGUAUGUUAUAAAGAGAAGCUCUUUAUUUGCUGAAAUGUGACACAGCCCAUGUAUCACACUGGAGAGGUGCCUGUAAAUCUGUUUACAGUCAAGUAUAAAAAGAGGUGAUUUUUGUUUCCUCAUUUCAGGAUACUAUGGGCCAACUUUAUCAGAGCCUUUAGUACAGGUUGACGUCUUUGCACAUGGAGGUUUCACUCUGUCAGCGAAUGUAGCACAUCGUAUCUUAAACUUUUCGCUCCAGCAAAGGUGUUUUGCAUGUACUUAAUGCUUAAUCCAGGCUGAAAGUUUAAAAAGAUUACAA